GUUAUUUCCUGCCUAGCAACAAAACAUCAUGGCGGAUUCUGAUCCUACAGAAAGACCUGCAUCUAGUGCAUCCAAAAAGGAUGAAGUUGCAGAGAACACCGGGACAGGGGAGCCCAGUGAAGCACAAGCAGAGAGACCACCAUCUGGUAGACCUCAGUCAGCAGCAAAAUCUGCUGCAGGAUCCAGACCCACAUCAGCAAAACCAGGCUCAAGGCCAGCAUCAGGCAAACCAGGCUCCAGGCCAGCAUCAGGCAAACCUGGAUCAAGACCUGUUUCUGCCAAAUCUGGUGGUUCCAACAGACCUCCGUCAGCACCAAGAAGUGGGCGUGGUUCAGCAGCUGACAAUAAAGCACCUUCACCAGAGGCUGUAGAACAGCCAGUUGAGCAACAAGGGGAACAACCUGGUGUGGACAGAGAGGAAACAGGCCAGUCACUGGACCGCCCUGCAUCAGCUGGCUCUAGAAAAGGUUCAAGACCUGCUAGUGCUAGUAGACCACAGUCAGCAUCCAGAGAACAAACACAGGACACUGCUGGAGCUCCUGCACCAGGUGGGGAUGAUGGGGAUGGUGACAAUGUAGUGGAGGAUGAUUUCCAGGGUAUGGACCAGAACUAUGGGCAGCUAAUGGCUGCAGGAGGGGGUGGACCACCAGAUGGUGAUGGAAGUGAUGGCUCAGGUGAUGAUGAUGAGGAAGAAGAUGAGGGUCAGGAAGAGGACUCAGACGAGGGCAGUGAUGCUGAGAGUAACGUUAUGGUAGUUCUUGAACCCGACCAUCCACUGAUGAAAAGGUUUCAAGCUGCUCUUAAGAAUCAGCUUACCAAACAGAAUGAGAAAGUCACAUUAGAACUGAGAGAACUGGAUGAGUCAUUGAAAAAUCGUAAGAAGGAGCGCGAGGACCUUGGUGUAGAUCUUUACGGAAUACAACAAGAACUUGCUCGGUACCAGAUGAUGCUCGAGAAACGGCAUGAUGAGUUCUCGGAGGUGAAACAGGUGCGAACUCAGGAGGAACAACAGCUAGAGGAUGUCAGAAAUAUGUAUAAAGAUCUACAGUAUAAUGCUAAUGUGGAGAAGAAAAAGACGUCUGAGUUGCAGGGUGAGGUAGAGAACCUUGCACUGAGACUGUUCUACAUGCAGAAUGCCAAGGAGGAUGUGCGUUCUGACAUUGCCAUCAUGAGGCGAGCAGCUGAGAAAGCCGACACCGAGGUAGCCAAGGCUGAAAUAGAGAAACAGAAACAGGAUCUGUUUGUAGACCGCCUUGUAGAACGGGUAGAUAAACUCAAGGAAGAGAUCGCCAUGUAUGAAGCACAGCUCACUGCCCAGCUAGAAGAGACAAAAGCUGCCAAAGAACAGUUGAUGGAAGCUUAUAUGGAAAUUGAGGCAAUCAGUCUAGAGAAGAAGCAGUUAUACCAGCAGUGGAACAGCAGUUUGAUUGGUAUGAGGAGGAGAGAUGAGGCUCAUGCUGCCAUGCUCGAGGCACUCAGUCAGCAACAACAGAAGGUGCUGUCCCUGGAGACAGAGAUUGAAGGGUACAAGAAAUCAAUCCAGAAAGAGCAGGAGCAAAAUGAGAAGCUGACUCUGAUACUGAACAAGACAGAGCGAGAUAUCGAGACCGUGAAGAAACAGCUGACACAGUGCCAGAGCAAACACGACGCCCUCAAGUCAGAGUAUGCCACUUAUACCAGGAUACUUCAUGAGACUGAGCAGAGUUUGAACAGAGCAAUGACUGACAAAACACUGAGACAGAAUGAGUUGAAUGCUCUAUGGAAGCAGAUAGAGAGAGAAUAUCUGGAGAAAGUGAAGCUGGAGGAUGAUAUCAUGGAAAAGAUGAGGAGUCAGCUCACCAUGGACAAGGCUGCUCAGUAUACCAAAAAACUUACCACAAAGAAACGGGAAUUGACUAAACAACUGGAAACACAAAUGGCCGAGGUGGAGAACGACAUAUCCCAGAAUACCCUACAGAUCUCCAAUGUCAAAGCUCGUAUAGAACGUCUACAGAAAAUCUCAGCAGAUCUUGAUAAGGAGAUUGCCAGACAGAAUGAGAUCAUUAACAAGAGUGAGAGCGAGAUUGUGCGCAGAAACGCAAUCAUUGAGCGUAAACAGAAUCUCAUUGAUCAGUUCAACAAAAAACUUGAAGUUAUGAUCAGCAAGGCUGGCGGUGUUGAACUUGGUCCACUUGAGAUCAACAUCAACUCACUACAGAAAUCAAUAGAUGCUCGAGUACAGGAGAUUGUUGACCUGCAACAGUUGUGGUUGAGACAGCAGACUGAGCUGGUGCGACUUUCUAAGGACAAGGAUGAACAAUCUGUUGAUGUAACCAAGCUGAAGAAACAGCUUACAAUUCUUACCCAGAAAAAAGCUAGAACUGAAGGUGAGAUUGAUGGUCAGAGGUUGGAGACGUAUGAGAUAGAACGCAGCAUCAGCAACAUGCAGAAUGAUAUGAUCAAACUAAACAAACUCUUACAUAAAGAGAAGGGAACACAAGUCAUGUUGCAACAAGACAAUAUCCUCAAAGAAAACGACUUCAUCACUAGGCUCAAGGACCACGAACAUGAGUCUAUAGAAUUACAGACUAACCUCGAGGCUCUGAAGGAGGAGAAAGAAAGGCUGCUCAACAGUCUUGUUGAGGCUGAACGUCAGAUUAUGUUGUGGGAGAAGAAAACUCAGCUUGCUCGUGAAACUCGUGCUGCUGUGGACUCCGAAGUUGGUCAAGGCGAGGUGCGUGCCAUGAAGGCCGAAAUCCAUCGUAUGCAGGUCCGAUAUUCACAGCUGAUGAAGCAACAAGAAAAGAUGAUACAAGAGAUGGAGAAGGCUGUGUCAAGACGUGACACGAUAGUUACUCGAGGGGACGCCUCACAGAAAAUCAACAAGAAGGUGCUAACAAAAGGAACAUUUGAACGCCAAAUGAAUGAAACUAGAAAAAAGAUUAAACAAACAAUUCAGGAGGCAAAUUCAUGUGAUGGUGAAAUCCAGCAGUUACGUGAUCACCAGACACAACUGAGCUCGCAGCUGGAACAGGGUCAGCUGAACGUCCAAUCAUUGCAGAGCAACUCGGACACCAUUGAUGGAGAUAUUGAUAGACUUAUUGAAGUUAAACAGAAGAACAUGACAGAAUUGCUGGCCAGACAACAGAAGAUGAAAUACUACCAGCAGGCAAAGGAAGGCAAGUACAACCGGCUCUGCAAGUCCGAGGCAUCAUUAGAAUCAGAGUAUCAGAAACAGGUUGACCGGAUGCAAUCUCUGAGCGCCAUCGUGGACAGGUUGAACCAGGAGUAUCCUCAUGCACAGCCCACUUUACGACGUGUCACUGUUAAUCUUAGCUCAAAGUCUGUAGAUGAUGAAAGUUUAUAGAGGAAUAAAAGUCGACAAAAAAAAAACUGUUCUGUGAUAAAACUGAAAACAAGUGACUGAAUUUCUGUUGUAUGAAAUUAUAAUUGUUAAAUUAUGUGAAAAUAUAGAUAUAUGACUUUUUUAAAGUAUAUAAACCGCUAUUUAUUUCUACAAAAGAUUUACCCUCUUAUUGAAAAUGUAAAAUUUGUGAUUUUGCAUAAAAACACUGCCAGAACUUGCUGGUUCCCUGCAGCAUGUAUAACUCUUUAAUUAUUAAAUUGUUGCUUCUUUUGGUUAAAUUUUUAUGACGUUAACACAGAGUUUCAUAAGAUAGGAAUAUUUGAUAUUUUCUGUAAAAAGUACUGGUGUACAGAGACUGUCGGUUAUGAAGUAUUUUGUGAACUAUGACUGCAUAGUGAAUCACUGCACAUACUCAUGUACUAUGCACAAUGUUUAAAGAAUUCCACAGUCAAAGUCUUAAUGGAGGUAUGACCAUGUUUAUCUAUAAGAAUGUCUAUAUCCAUAUAAUUCGGUAUGUAUGGUUUCAUAAAAGUUAUUCCAUCCAAAUUUCUUAUUUGUUAAAAUUUGAAUCAUCUGUCUUUUUUUUGAGAACUGUAUUCUUGUGUUUGAACAUUGUGUCUUUCUCCUUAUUUAUGUAUAAAUGUGUACAUAUCAAUGAACAUCUGUGAUCGUAUUUUCUUUGUUAUAAAUGUCACAAUUUCAAUAUUUGUGCUAAAAUAAAUCUAAACAAAAAGUUUGUUUUAUCUUUAUUAGACUUAAAUAGUUUGCAAUUAUUUGUUGGAAGGAAUGACUGUUUUAACGUAAAUGUGAAAGAUCAGUUUAUAAGGAUGUGUUACAACAGUUUACUAGUGAAGUGUAGAGCAAUUCUGUUCUGUUCUGUCUAGAUAUCUAGUUCUGUCAAUUUAUUUUUUCAAAUGGAACAGGAUCUAAGCACUGCAGUGUACAUCCAAUAAAGGGCCGAUUACAUCAGA